AGAAGAAACACACCUGCGGGAUGGACAUUUGACUCUUAGACUGGCCCCAAUGUCUUCAGAGGCACUACCGGCUCACAUCGAGGCCGACGAAGCCCUGUCGGCAGUGUGGCAAUGCAUGAACACGAUUGCGCCUCUGUCGCUGGCCGACACGAGCUGGGACAAUGUCGGCGUGCUCCUCCAAGCGCCGGAGCCGUCCAAGAACACGGGCCGCAAGAUCUUUCUGGCAAACGACCUGACGACGCAGGUGGCCGAUGAGAUCCUCGGCGACGGACAAGUGGCGGUGGCCAUCAUCUACCAUCCCAUUAUUUUCCGGGGCCUCAAGACAAUUACGCUCGCCGACUCGCAGCAGCGCACGCUCCUGCGCUUGGCGGCUUCCAACAUCAGCGUCUACUGCCCUCACACCUCCCUCGAUGCAGCGGUGGGAGGUAUCAACGACUGGCUCGCCCUCGUCGUCGCGGGCUACAACAGCAGCAGCAUGAGCGUCCGACCGGCCCAGCCAAGCAAGCCUGCGUCGGUCCCCGCCGGUCACGAGGGCGCCGGGAUGGGCCGAAUCGUCACGCUCAAGGAGCCCAUCAAGGGGAGCGAGCUCAUUGCGAGAGUGAAGACAGGAACGUCAAUAGACCAUUUGCAAGUUGCUCUUCCGUCGCACACCGGCUACCGUACUAUCCAAGAAGGCUUGGACUCAAAGCACAUCGGCACCAUCGCCGUGUGCGCCGGCUCGGGCUCGUCCGUCAUUGGCGGCGUCGAGGCAGACGCAUACGUCACCGGAGAAAUGUCUCACCACGAGGUCCUGGCCGCCGUCGCCAAGGGCCGCCUCGUCAUCCUGACGCACCACAGCAACAGCGAGCGCGGCUACCUCCGCACCGUCCUGCCCGACCGGCUGCAGACGGAACUGGCCCGGCUUGGCAAGACGGACUUUGUCGUUGCCGUCUCGACGGCUGACGCCGAUCCCCUCGUCACCGUGUGAGGAUCCUCCAUCUGCUCCAGCUUGUCGAGCUUGAGGAGUCAAGCUUCGAUGAGAGAGCGCCCCUCAGCUGCUUCUGAGUGUGAAGUGAU